AUGUCAAACCCGCCAAAAAAAAAGCGCCUGGCACCAGUUCCAAUCAUCUGGACAGUCAGCCCAGAAGGAAUAUCAUCAAACAUUGGUCAACGCAACAAGGAUGCUUCAAAAACCUACCGAGCCCUUGAUCAAGACGCCCUAGACCUCUAUAAGGGAAAUGAUGAUGAUGAAUGGAUUGAUGCAGACUCCACUGAGGAUCCCAACAUUGAGGAACGGUCACAGUUUGACCUCCGGCGCCAGUCCACAAAAAAACUCCUGGCUAAUCUGAAGGAGUUGAGUGAUGGCCUUGGUCUUGAAGGCUUCUUAGUCAUUGCCGAUCAAGACCAUCGCCAACCUUACUUCUUCCAAGGAGGAAGUUUUCUUUUGGACUUAUUUUUGCGAGGACUAAUUGACAAAGGAGAUGCAAUUAGCAGGUUUGCUAUUUGGACUGCUGGGACAAAAAGUAGGAAAAACCCAGCUGUAAACCUUCCCGCACCAGUUGUCAGUACUGUUUGCAAGGUGUUUGAGGUGAAAAAUUCCCCAGGGUCAAAUUUGGUUCAAACAAUCAAUGAGAAGUCUAGCACCAAUCCCAGUCUUGAUGUGUCCAAAGACAACACUCCUGAGUUUUUGGAUUCCGACAAACAGUACAAAGGGCGUCCUGGCAACCGUUAUGUUUGUCAGGGUAGCUUGACCGAGAAUCAUACCUAUAUUACAGAAAAGCUAAAAGAGAUUUACAGUAAAGCAAUUGGUAUUACCAAAUCAACAACUCAUUGGCCUGGGACCAACACCCAAUAUAAACUUAAGAAAAAAGACCUCAUGUUGUCAAUUGCCGAUAACCCUGUUCAGUUGUCUGCAACACAUUUUUCCCAGACGAUCAAGAAAAUUUCACUACCUGAUACGUGGGUUGUAUUGCGUGGACUCAAGAACAAUUGGAUAUCCCUAGUUCCUUUUGUAGAACCUGAAAAUCCUGCUCCAAUCAACAUUGAUGAAGCAAAUAGCACAAACAGUAACAACUAA